GCCGUGCUCCGCGGCCCGCGGGGGAGGCGCCAACAUGGCGGUGGCCGGCGCCGAGGCCACUCGGCUGCUCCUGCUUCUGCUGGUGGCGGCAGCGGCACCCAGCCGAGCCCGGGGCAGCGGCUGCCGGUCCGGGGUCGCUGCGCGGGGGGUGGGUGCAGAGGCCCGCGAAGGUGAGGGCUGCGGCACGGUGGCGCUGUUGCUGGAGCACUCUUUUGAGAUCGAUGACGAUGCCCACUUCCGGAAGCGGGGCUCGCUGCUCUGGAACCAGCAAGAUGGUUCUCUGUCCCUGUCACAGCGGCAGCUCAGCGAGGAGGAGCGCAGCCGGCUGCGGGACGUGGCAGCUGUGAACGGCCUGUACCGUGUCCGGGUCCCCCGGCGGCCGGGCACCCCCGAGGACGCUGGAGCUGGCAGUUACGUGUCCUCCUUCGUCCCCGCGUGCUCCCUGGUGGAGUCGCACCUGUCCGACCAGCUGACCCUGCACGUGGACGUGGCAGGCAAUGUGGUGGGCGUGUCCGUGGUAACGCUUCCCGGGGGCUGCCAGGGCCGCGAGGUGGAGGACGUGGACUUGGAGCUGUUCAACACGUCCGUGCAGCUGCAGCUGCCUCUGCCGGCCCCGGGCCCCGAGACAGCUGCCUUCAUCGAGCGUCUGGAGUCGGAGCAGGCGCAGAAGGCCCGGAACCCACAGGAGCAGAAAUCCUUCUUCGCCAAAUACUGGCACCUCAUCCUGGGGGGGGCCGUGUUGCUCACAGCUCUGCGUCCCGCCGGCCCGGGGCCUGCGCCGCCGCCGCAGGAGGCCUGAUGGAUGUACAUCAUUCCCGUCGUCCUGUUCCUCAUGAUGUCUGGAGCACCCGAUGCAGGGGGCCAGGGCGGGGGCCAGGGCGGGGGCCAGGGUGGAGCCAGCGGACGGUGACAGACUCGGCCUUGCAGCUUGCUGUGCUCCCCCUCCCCGAGGGGCCUCUGCCCAUGGGAAGCCCUGUUUCCUGGGCUCUUCCUGGGGGCCUUCCUCGCCCUGCCCUGCCCUCUGUCAGCCCUGUUGGUACGUGUGUGCACCCAGCACCCAUCUGCCCUCCCCCACCAGGCUCCUGCCCCCCAGGCCAGUUCUCAGCAGCCUCCGUGCCUUUGUUUACCAGCUUCUCACAGUGCCCCCGACUGCCCUGAGGGUCCCAGGCUGCAUCUUGUUCCCCACCACCCCGACCCCACAGGGCUGUGGAAUUCUUUGCCCACCAGGAGACGGAACUUCUAGGUUUGAAGAAAAC